UUUCUCCACCGAUUUAUUUCAAUCAUCUCCUUCCAAUUUUCUUGCUUAAAAAACUCUCUCCAACGUUACUCCAUUGGCCUCCCAUUUUCUCUCUCCUUCGCCACCGUCUUUCUCCUCUAAAAUCCAACAUCCUCCAUUAUCGAAUCCGUAUUUCUCUUCCGACCUCCAUAAAUAAGGUUUACUCUCCGUUUCUGCUGCUGCUGGAAUCUGUAUUUCCGUCUUGGUUCCCUUGCCUCGGUCGCUGUGUGCUCCCGGAAUAAGCUACUGUACUCUCAUUCAGGUGUUUUGAUUACUGAUGGAACUGGACAUUAUCGUAUGCAGAGGUGAUAAAAGUAGGUGAGGUUUGUGAUUUACAGAGGACUAAGAGCAAGUGAGCGAUUGAGAGAGAGAGAGAAAGAGAGAGAGAGUUGAAGGAAGAGGUGCAUAUUUUGGUUGCGUUCGUGGUUACGUGCGGGAUUGUAUCUGUUCUUGCUGGCGUUUGAGACUCUGUGAAGAAUGCCGCACAGAACGACUUAUUUCUUCCCCAGGCAAUUUCCGGAUCGCGGAUUUGACUCAGCGUCAACUUCCAAACAGAUUUUGGAUCACGAGAAGAAAAUCAACAAGGACACUUUAAGUACCGAAAGUGACGCGAAACCGACCCCGCGGCCUGCUCGCGACUUUAGUGUCACGAAGAGUUCAGCUGUAUCGGAUCUUUUCACGGGGGACAAGUCUCAAAGCAAGAAGAAACUGCCUGCUCUUUACGAUUGGUUGGUGAACAAGAAAGCAACACGAUCAGCAACCGCUCACGUGAAAACUUGGCUUUCCAAUUGCGAUGAGGACCGCGAGCUUUUGCUUCCUCCACCUACCUCGGAACCAGAUCAUGAUACAAAGAAUGUUGAGGAUCGGAGUGUUGACCGGCGCUUUGACCGGGAAGUUUCACUGCCUAGAUUAUCAAGCGGGAGUAGCUAUGCAGGGAGUUUGUUUUCAGGCACGGGAACGGGGACUGUGGAUGGGAACUUUUCCAGCGAUAUUAAGGAUUCAUCGGUGUCGAAGAUAUUGUCCACGCGCACGGCGAGACCGGAAGAGAUUGUGGAUGGAGAUGGUGAGGAAAGCCUAGCGCAAAGAACGAAAGAGAGUUAUUACCUGCAACUCGCUUUGGCUGCAACGCUUCGUUCUCAUGCUAGUCUCGCUGGCGAUCCCGUGCUUAUGGAGGAAGGCAGGGUGGAAAUUACGGACGCUGAAACUGUUUCUUAUCGACUAUGGGUAAGUGGUUGCCUGUCUUACUCCGACAAAAUUUCCGAUGGUUUCUACAAUAUUUUGGGUAUGAACCCGUAUCUUUGGGUUAUGUGCAAUGAUUUUGAGGAAGGUAGACGGCUACCACCUCUGAUGUCACUUAAAACCAUUGAACCGAGUGAGACGUCAAUGGAGGUGGUUCUUGUGGAUAGACGUGGGGACUCUCGACUGAAGGAGCUUGAAGAGAAAGCACAAGAACUAUAUUGUGCUUCAGAGAACACCUUAGUGUUGGUGGAAAAACUAGGAAAACUUGUUGCGAUCUACAUGGGGGGCACUUUCCCGGUGGAGCAAGGGGGUUUGCACCUCCAUUGGAAAGUGGUGAGCAAAAGAUUGAGGGAAUUUCAGCAAUGCAUUGUGCUACCAAUCGGUAGUCUAUCUAUGGGAUUAUGCAGGCACCGUGCAAUACUUUUUAAGAAAUUGGCAGAUUAUAUAGGUUUGCCGUGUCGGAUAGCUAAAGGUUGUAUGUACUGUGUUGCUGAUCAUCGAUCCUCUUGCCUUGUCAAAAUUGAAGAUGACAAGAAAUCGUUGAGGGAAUAUGUAGUUGAUUUAGUGGGGGAACCAGGAAAUAUACAUGGUCCAGAUUCCUCAAUUAAUGGAGGGCUCCAAUCUUCAAUACCUUCACCACUUCACAUUUCUCAUUUAAAAGAGUUCCAAGAACCUUACGUGGAAAGUUGUUUAAGCCGUCAAAUUGUUGGGUCAAAGCAAACCUGUGGUUCUCCUGAUAAUCCUCUACAUUCAGGUCUUGGAGAGUGCCGGAUGAGAGGGGGAAGCACGUUAUAUAAAAAUUCAGGGACUGGAACUGAUAAAUUGGUUGAUCAAGCUGUCGGUAUGAGAUCAUCUCUGCUGUGUUUGGAAACUAAAGUGAGCGAGGAGUGUGUGCUUCAGAGUCAUAUAUUGGCACCCACUGACGCUGAUGCCUCUAAGAACUUGGGUUCUGUUGCUGGUGCAUCUUUACAUGAAAACGCAGUUGUCAUUGAAGAAAUAUACAGAAAAGAGGAAGUUGUGGUGGGAAUUUCACUCGAUGAAUCUAGCAUUGAUCCGUCCAAAUUAAGCUUGUCAACUCAAACUGAUUCAAAAGAGGUUGAGAGUAGGUCUCGAAGUUGUUCAGCAUCAACACAUCCAAAAUAUCUGAUACUUGAACCAUCUCUUGCAAUGGAUUGGCUGGAAAUUUCAUGGGAUGAAUUACAUAUAAAGGAGCGUGUUGGAGCUGGCUCAUUUGGAACAGUGCACCGUGCUGAAUGGCAUGGAUCGGAUGUUGCUGUCAAGGUUUUAAGCGUGCAGGAUUUCCAAGACGAUCAGUUGAAAGAGUUUCUAAGAGAGGUUGCAAUAAUGAAGCGGGUCCGCCAUCCGAAUGUGGUACUCUUCAUGGGUGCAGUUACUAAGAAACCUCAUCUUUCAAUAGUGACUGAAUAUCUGCCUAGGGGUAGUCUAUACCGCCUAAUUCACAGGCCAUCCUCUGGUGAAUUGAUGGAUCAAAGGAAACGAUUGCGAAUGGCGUUGGAUGUGGCAAAGGGAAUCAACUACCUACAUUGUCUCAAUCCUCCCAUAGUACACUGGGAUCUUAAAUCCCCCAAUUUGUUGGUUGACAAAAAUUGGACGGUCAAGGUUUGCGACUUUGGGUUGUCCAGAUUCAAAGCCAACACUUUCAUAUCAUCGAAAUCUGUAGCUGGAACUCCUGAGUGGAUGGCUCCAGAAUUCCUUCGUGGAGAGCCUUCAAAUGAGAAGACUGAUGUCUACAGUUUUGGAGUGAUCCUCUGGGAACUAGUCACCAUGCAACAACCGUGGAGUGGGCUUGGCCCGGCUCAGGUUGUGGGAGCUGUCGCUUUCCAGAAUAGAAAGCUUUCUAUACCACCAAACACUUCCCCGUUGGUGUCUUCCCUUAUUGAAUCUUGCUGGGCAGAUGAUCCUGUUCAGCGCCCAUCAUUUACAAGUAUAGUCGAGUCCCUGAAGAAAUUGCUCAAAUGUCCUCAGCAGUUGAUAGUAAUGGGAGGAACGUGAAAACACCUCCCAGCAACUAAAGCCGAUUUGGGAGACUAACUAAUUAUGCAGUAACUGAAAACAUCGGUAAUCAAUAUCUUCAACUGACUGAAUCAUUUUGGUCUUUGGCAACUUUAGAUUUUGGUGGUUGCAUAAGGCUGGAAAUAGCCCAGAUGAAAGCUCAAGCUUUUUAGUACUAUCCUAUAGAAAUGCUAAAUUCUACAUCAAUAUGCGGGUUUAUAACAUCGCAAAUCCAAAUGUAAUACAAUUCCUCCAAUAUUACUGGGAAGUGGAACCUAUUUUUACUGCUAAAUGCACUGUUCCACAACUCGCUUGUAAUCUUUAUGAACCCGCAGUAUGUUUAUUGCCGUCCCUAAUGGCGUAAUGAGAAAUAAAAUAUUUUACUUCUUUUUA